AUGGAUAUAGAAAAGGAAAAGGUCUAUCGAGCAUGGCCGAGUGGUCCGCCAACAUAUCAGCAGGCGACUUCCGAGUAUGUACAAGGAAUCACCCACAAUAGACAGUGGAAUUACUCGUUAUUUAGCUGCUUUGAACCUGGUUCACUUUGUCUUAUGGGCUGCUUUCUCCCAUGCCUUACAUUUGGAAAGACACAAACUAGGACCAGAAAUCCGGAGUUGUCUGACUACAGCCAUUGCAAUACUCAGUGUUCACUGUUUGCUUUCCUCGCACUACUUGGUUCGCAGUGGAUCAUACAGACGGUCAAACGAGGUGAAACACGUGAGCGAUUUGGUAUUGAAGGGAGCUGCUGCGGCGACUGCUGCGUAUCUUUCUGCUGUUCUUGUUGCGCCAUUAUCCAGGCGGAAAAAGAGGUUGAGUUGCGGACUCGGCCUGAGCUUAUGGGGUAUCAAAUGACUCCUGGGAUGGCAUACCCUUGAGGAUGUUGUUGUAUGUGGAGCAUUGUUUUAGAAAUAGAUGGCUUGCACUUCGGUAUAUAGAGACCCUUUUCAUUAAUCACUAAUUAUUGUAAUCAUCCAGGCAUGCAUGAGUUAUUUUGUCGUUCAUCGGUACUAUCGAAAAAGUUCUGGAUCAUCAGACCGGCCGUCGCGUCUAGGAAUUCUGCGUUGAAGGAUCCCUGCGGAUACCCCGGGAUAUUCUGGUCGAGGCCCAUGCAGAACGGGUUGAAGUUUGCCUGGUCGUCUGAUGGCGCCCAGAGUGAUCGGAACGAUGCUGGAAUUUGUGUCGAGGUGUACGGAGUGAAAUUACCCGGUGCGGCGAGUCCAUGUCCGUGUUCUAUGUAUCUUUAGUUUUGA